AUGACAAGUCCCUUCCACCGCCGCCCUCUUCCCGACUACUUUGUCGCCUCUCCCCUGGUGGCCCUACUCUACCCGGUCCACCAAACAUUGCUCCGUCUACGCGGACCUCCUCGGCUCCCUCCUCCAGAUACCCGACCAAUCCGUGUGGUCUGCAUUUCCGACACUCACACCCUCGAAUGGCCAGAAGUACCGGAUGGAGACCUUCUCAUUCACGCCGGUGACCUCUGCAAUGAUGGCUCGGUCCGCGAGAUCCAAGCCUCGGUUGACUGGCUCCGAAGCCUUCCCCAUCCGCAUAAGAUUGCCAUUGGAGGAAACCACGAUAGCUACUUCGACGUGCGCUCAAGGCUAGAUGAGGAUCGUGAAGUCCCAUCUCCCACUGGAUCUUCCUAUGCAGCCGUCUCAUCCUCCACGGCGUCCAUCCACUCCAUCAAGGAGCUAAGUAGCGCAUGUCGCAUCGACUGGGGCGACAUCCACUAUCUCCAACACUCAGCCAUAACCCUCUCCUUCGCCGACCCCUCGUCACCCUCAUCCGCAACCUCUCUCUCGAUCCCCCGCUCCCGCUCCCUAACAAUCUACGGUGCGCCCCAAGUCCCAGCCAUCGUCCCCUUCGGUCCCGAGCAUGCCUUCACCUACCCUCCCCAACACGAUGCCUGGUCCGGCACCGUCCCCCCCGAAACGGACAUCCUCGUCACCCACACUCCACCCCAGUCCCAUCUCGACCUCUCUCCCAUAUAUUCCAUAGGCUGUCCCAACCUGCUCGCAGAAUCAUGGCGUAUCCGUCCGGCCCUCCACGUCUUCGGCCACGUCCAUGAAUCCGCCGGCCAGGAACCUAUUUUCUGGGAUGAGGCCCAACGCGCCUGGGAAAGGCUGUGUGCCUCGCGUCGGUCACGCGCCCGACUCACCCGUCUGUCCUCGCUAGCAGGCUUCCUCCGCGACCUGUUCGAUCUAUCUGGUUGGGUGGACGCCGCGCGUGUCGUGGGAUAUGGCAUCCUAGGUGUGAUUUGGGCUCAGGUCUGGGGUGGAGAGAACCGCGGUGGUGGGUGGAUGGUCAAUGCUGCUUGCAUGUAUCGGGAUAGUGGCAAGCUCGGUAACCCGCCCAGGGUUUUUGAACUCUGA